AUGACAAUCCCCGACAUGGAGAAUAUGAGGAGGAAUGAACCCGUAAACAGGCCUCACUCCUGGCACUCUACUAAGUUCAAUGAAAGCCAAUCAGAAACUGGCAAAAGACAGUCUUCAUACACACCCAGAAAUGACACAAGCUCAUCUGCUUCUGAUAUAUCCUCUGGCUGGGAGCUGAUAGACCUGCCCAGUGUGUCCAACCAGUUCAGCUCUCUUGACAGCACGGACAACUUGGAGCAUGUCUCCCACUCAUACCCUGCUGACCAGCUUUCACCGGCUAAGUCAAACAAUGGAAUGGAGCAUCUCGGAGAACGGAAACGAGACUCGGCCUAUAGCACCAUCUCCACAAGCUCCAGUACACCAGACUGCACAAAAAGCAACACUGCCUCGACAGAAAAUGUUCCUUUUAAAGUUGUUCAGUGGGAUGCAGGAGCAAAGAAAAAUGAUGUCAGAAACAGCCAGAGCUUGGUUCCUGAGUGGGUGAAACACAAUGAUAGGUUCGCAUAUUUCCAGAUGCCAGGAGUUAACUCAGGCCACAGUGGUCCACAGACUGAAGACUCGACUGGUUGCCGCCAUUCCACUUCCAGCAGAUCCAACUUUGGACCUGUGUGGAAUGUCCCUGAGAACAAAAAGCCUGCUUCACCCUCUCCUCCUCCUCCACUUCCACCAGCACGCAGGGAUAGCUUUGCUGUAACAAAGGUGCAUGAAAGAGGAAUAGUUUCUGCUCAUCCAGAAGGGCCUGACUCGCACGAAAAUCACCACAAUUUCCAUAAAAAUCAUAGUGAAAAUGUUAAUACUUCAUCUGAUAAAUUUAGUCACACCCAUUCCAGCUCAAAUAAGCAACAUUCCUACUUCAGUGUUGUGCAGCAAGGCCAUGACCCCCACAACAGACACAGUCACCAAAGUGACAAAAGCACUUCUCAUCCUUUGACCUGGGCCAUAUCUGUUCCAAAGCCACCAACUGAAGAUAGUUCUUACUCAGUCUCACUGCCCACUAAUGGGUCAACACACUUCACGCAGGACCACAGACAGAACUUAAGUACCUCCCUGUCUUCUUCAAACACUGACCAAAACACAGACAGCACUGGGUCUAGUCGAUAUUACUGUGUCACUACAGGUCAGCCCACACAUCACAAUCGCAUGUCGAUGUCUGAUGUAGCAGAGGACAGAAGGGGUGAAGCAGAAAAUGAACAGCACACUUUUAAAGCACAGGCAGGCACUAGAGUCAAAUAUCAUCUGUCUCAGCAACAGCAACACUCCUCACACAGUAAAGAUAGUAGUGCUUACAGCAAGCACCAAGUCACUACUGUCCCCGAAACAUCUGGACUUACACCCAGUUCUGAUUAUGUAGGUCAGAAAGGACACAACAUACAAACUACAGAAUGUCUGUACAUUAGUAAUCUCGCUAAGAGACAGCCUGAACAACGCAAGUCUCUCACUACACAGAUCAGAGAUUUGCCUCAAGACACUAGAAAUCAUAACCAAGUGAACAAGAUCUGCCCUCAGAUCACCCCGAUGCUUCACUCUCUGUCCAUGGACGUCACAAGCCAAGAAGAGAAAGCAAGAGACACAAACUCUGAGGACUUCCUUGAAGGCAAGCAGGUAAAUCGCAACAGCCGAUUUGCCACCACACUGAGGAAUGAAAUCCAGAUGAGAAAAGCAAAGCUGCAGAAAAGUAAGAGUGCAGCUACCCUCCCUGAUGCUGAAUGCGCUAUGGAGGAAGACCAAAAUGUCUGGAAGUCCACUGAAAAUUCCACCCCAGCAUCUGCCGGUGGGUGCUUUUCUAACGCCUACAAAGAUCAUUUGAAGGAAGCACAAGCAAGGGUGCUCAAGGCAACUUCUUUUAGGAGGAAAGACUUGGAGCCUGUCUUACAGGAGCACCCUGCAGCUGAGGUCCAACCCAGCUACACAUCCUCAGCACAGGCUCGAAAAGAUGUCACCCCUCUUCCAUCUGUCACAGAGUCAAAUAAUUCAGGACUUUCUUGUGGCCAGGUAACACGGAUUGGUAGUCGGAAGCGUUUUCCUUCAGAAAAAAAGAUUCUGUCUUUUUCUGAACCAGACAAAAUCCAUGAAGUCGGGGUUGGUGAAAGUCUGACUAUCACUGAAAAUGUCAGCUCCUCACUAGAUCACCAAUAUUUUUUGAAAGAAAGCAUGAAGCCCGAAUUUCCUAAUCCGAUACCCCCUCAAAGUCAUUCCAAGAACAAAGGUGAACACCAUGCUUCUUGCAGCUCUGCAGAGAACGCAAUGAAAGAAGUCAUGGACGCUGAGGAGGCCCCAGGAGUUCCUCACUAUACUCAGUCCUUUCAAGAUUCCCAGAGACUCGGCACAUUUGCCGAGUAUGAGGCAAGAUGGAAUAUAAAGAGGAAACCUGCAGAGAAUAAAGCCUCAGGACGAUCUCAUUCAGCUGAUAAUAUUCUAGAUCCAGGACCAGAGGAUAGAAUGAAGACCACCUGUUUUCAUGAGAGAUCCAGAUCGUCUCCUUCAGCAGAUUUCUACGGACAGCUGUAG